ACGGACGGGAGAGCACAGCACGGAGGGGACAGCACGGAGGGGACGGGCGGCCGCCCGGCGCCAGAAUGGUUGCCUGGGGAAAACAGCACUGCUGUGUUGGCAGAAUACAGGACAUUUUCUUGAGAUUCAGGAUWGUUCAAGCAGUCUUUUUACUUCAGUUGUUCCUGGCUACAGCAAGCAAAGAUCAGGAGGAUUUCCUGGGGCGAUACAAAGCCGUCUUUAAGACUGCAUGUGAAGAUCCAUGGAGUAUGUCAUCAAGAAUUUCUCUGCGUCCCUUGAAAGAGUUCCUUGUCUGUGUGCACCUGAAGCUGUAUUCCUCAAACAGUCAAUGGACAGCAUAUGURUAUGCUCAAAAAACUCUUCACACCAAUCUCUCUGCAAAUAAGUAUGACCUGGGACUUACAGGAGAUCAUGGGAAAUUAAAGAUUUGGWUGUUUGGAAAUGAAAUAAAUACAUCAGUAAGACUUCGUAAAARCAUUUGGAACCAAAUAUGUAUCCAGUGGAAAAGUGACAAUGAGGAGAUGAAGGUAUUCAUAAACGGAACAGAAAAAUUCCACAAGAAACUAAAAGGGAAAGUGAAUUUGCCYGCAAAAGGCCAGUUCUUACUUGGCUGUUCAAAGCUGGAAGGUACAGCUGCAUCACCUCACCGGGGUAUGACAGGGGAGCUGUACCUGUUCAGAAUGUGGGACAAAGCAAAUAUGAGCCAGUCUGCAGACUGCCAGGACAGUGGGGUUAUCCGCUGGAGAAAGGAGGAUUGGACCUAUAACACCUCAAUAGAAGAGGACAACUCUUUACCAUGUGUUGAUACUACUGCUACACUGCCUGGCAGAAAACACAUAGCAGAUUCAGAAGAAUCAGCUGCAACAACAAUUUUUGAUWCAUAUUCAGAGGAGACUACACAAAGUACAGAAGCUCUUAAAAUCACUGAUUAUUACUCCACCAUGACACCAGCAGGAGAAACCAUUGUAUGCAAUGUAACAUCUGCCUGCAAUUAUUCAGUAUUCUAUGUGGGCAAGGUAAAACUUCGGGCAAGUGAAGAAAAUAAUGCAUCACUAAAUGUAGAAAUAAUCAAUAACAUAACCACYCCCAAUCAAGUCAGAAAAUUAAUUGAAAUUCCAGCACACACCCCACAAGAACUGAGCAUUUCAGAAUUCAACAAAACCUUGCGAGCAGUAAGUCAGUCCUCUGUUAUGGAAUGCAGUGCAGAAAACCAGAGCACACACUGCACUUUCAUCAUGAAGCUGGCUGAGAGAGAGAAUAUAAGCAGUUUAACAGACAAAGCAAAAAUAAGCCAACUUGAUCGGUGCUGCUGUUCAUCACUGAAGUAUUGUUCCUUGACUGCUGAAGAAUURCAAAUGUAUACCAUACAAGUGCCACCUCAUUCUAUAUGGGUUCCUUCUGCUCAUUCUCCUUCUCUCCAUAAAAAGCCUUUCCUCAGAUCUAACUCUUUUAUUCCCCCCCCUACACUUUCUGCUAAACAAAGCCCUACAAUUAGACCACUGAUCCCACCAUUCACAGAUAUUUAUUUUUCAGGAGCUCUCUCCACAUCUCCCCUUACAAACCCUCUCUCUGAAACAUCUCURUCUUCCACCACUACACAUUCCUCUUCUGAGUCUCUUGCUCAACCUACCAUGACAACUUUUUCUCCCAUAACUUCCAAUAAAUCUGUCACUAAUCCCAUACCUGCAACAAAAUCUGUCACUAAUGCUGCUUUCUCAGUUAAAUCUGAUGCCACAUACCUUAACAAGACUUUUACAAUUCUUUCUCCUUCUGUAGGUUUCACUAAACAUUCUGUAAUUUCUUCUUCUGAGCCCCACAGACUUCAAAUUGUAAAUCACAGCUUUGAGGCUGUCACCAGAUUUGUUGCACAAAUUCCUCCUGCUGCAACCCAACCUAAAUCUGGUCACAAAAAUGUUAGCACAGUACCUAUAGUUCCCCUCACUCCUUUCACUCCUACUCUUAGUCCUGUCAACAAUUCUGUCUCAGCUUCCAGUCCUCAUUCUACUGCUGAUGGYCAAAGGACCCCAGGAAAAACAGUUUCAGCUCCCACAAAUACAACCUCUGUCCACACCACCAUGAGUGUAGCCACAGCUGAGCAAAUYGUGUCCAAAAUAGAAAAUGAUUUAGCAGCUGGAAAAGUGGAGCCCAAAGAUGUGGGAAGGAUGGUUAGUGAGGUGAACAGUAUCCUCACUGCUUCUCAGUUGUUACCAUCACGAAUUUCUAACAGAAUUAUAAAACUGGUGGAUUAUAUUGGCUUAAAACUGAAUUUAUCAACAUCACCUGCWGAAUUUGUCUCCCCUUCCUUGGCUCUGGCAGUUGUCAAAACCGACAGAACCCGCUCCUUCCAAAUGUCUUUUGCUGUUCAGGACUCAGCUGAUCUCCAGGUCUCUCUAGGAGAAGCCAAGGCAAUUCAGAAUUCAAAUAAUCUUGGAUCAAUUAUACUUCCUUCAUCAUUGCUGACAAAUUUACCUGCUGAAAAGUUGAAUUUGGCUUCUAGAAUUAUAUUCAACUUCUUCAAAAAGACCACUGUGUUCCAGGAUCUGUCCUUGAAGAAUGCAUCUUUAAUCAGUAGUGUUAUAUCAUCAAGUGUUGCUAACCUCACAUUUAGUAACUUAAAGGCGAAUGUUACKGUCAUUUUGCAGAAUAUCAGACCUAAUCAGGAUAAUUCAACAGUUAGAUGUGKUUUUUGGGACUUCAAUAAAAAUGGKGGACAUGGAGGCUGGUCUUAUGAAGGUUGCAUAGUUAAAGAAAGCAGAGUGAAUGAAACAGUCUGUUCAUGCAACCACCUCACAAGUUUUGCAGUUUUGAUGGACGUGUAUGGAAAACUACCUUUGAAUCCCACACAAGAAUUGGURCUGACUUUUAUAUCAUAUAUAGGCUGUGGCCUCUCUGCAAUUUUUCUUUCUGUGACUCUUGUGACCUACAUAGCCUUUGAGAAAAUUCGGAGAGACUAUCCCUCCAAAAUACUUAUUCAGCUGUGUGCUGCAUUACUUCUACUCAACUUAGUUUUUCUCCUGGACUCAUGGAUUGCACUCUAUGACACACGAGGCCUGUGCAUUGCAGUUGCAGUUUUGCUUCACUAUUUCCUCUUGGUUUCCUUCACCUGGAUGGGUCUGGAAGCUUUCCACAUGUACCUGGCCCUUGUGAAAGUCUUUAACACCUAUGUGCGGAAAUACAUUCUGAAAUUUUGUGUUGUUGGUUGGG